CUCCAGCAAGCAGCAGCUGGAAACGGGGAAGAGGGAGCAGACACGAAGCGGGAGGUCAGCUGUACACCCAGGAAAAUAGAACUUCUACCCUCAGAGGAGUCAAAGAGGAGGCAGAACUAUGGCAGGAAAGCUCCGGAAGUCCCACAUCCCUGGAGUGAGCAUCUGGCAGCUGGUGGAGGAGAUCCCCGAAGGCUGCAGCACGCCGGACUUUGAGCAGAAGCCCGUCACCUUGGCUCUGCCAGAGGGGAAAAAUGCUAUCUUUCGGGCUGUGGUCUGUGGGGAGCCCAGGCCUGAGGUGCGUUGGCAGAACUCCAAAGGUGACCUCGGUGAUUCCAGCAAGUACAAGAUCUCCUCCAGCCCUGGCAGCAAGGAGCACGUGCUGCAGAUCAACAAGCUGACAGGCGAGGACACGGAUCUGUACCGCUGCACAGCAGUAAAUGUGUACGGAGAGGCCGCUUGCUCAGCGAGACUCACCGUCAUCGAAGUUGGCUUUCGGAAGAAUCGGAAGAGGCACAAGGAACCGCAGGAAGACCUCAGGAAUGAGCUGAUGGACUUCCGGAAGUUGCUGAAAAAGAGGGCCCCACCAGCCCCCAAGAAAAAGGUGGACCUUGAGCAGAUAUGGCAACUGCUGAUGACAGCAGACAGGAAGGACUACGAGCAGAUCUGCUUGAAGUACGGCAUCGUCGACUACCGUGGCAUGCUGCGCAGGCUGCAGGAGAUGAAGAAGGAACAGGAGGACAAGAUGGCACAGUACCUCAACGCCAUCUCCAGCUUAAGACACAUCAGGGUCACCAAAGAUGGGAUUGCAAAGUUUGACCUGGAGCUGGAUCUCAAGGAUUCUCAGAGCAAGAUUUACCUGUAUAAGGAUGGUGAGAUGAUCCCCUAUGGCUUCAACAACCAGACCAAGCACUGUCUGCGCCGGCUGGGGAAGCGCUAUGAGUUCCAGAUCCAAGAUCUGAGGCCUGAGGACGCUGGCAUUUACCAGGUCAAGGUGGAGGAUGCUGUGGUCUUCUCCACAGAACUGGAGGCCAGUGCCAUCCCCCCAAGAGUGGUGGUCCCACUGGCGGAGACCCACUGUGAGGAGCAGGGUGAUGCAGUCUUCGAAUGUACCCUCUCCAGUCCCUGCCCUAGUGCAGCCUGGCAUUUCCGGCACCGGCUACUCCACCCCAGUGACAAAUAUGAAGUGUUCGUGUCCCCCGACGGGCUGACUCACCAGCUGGUGGUGAGGGGGGUCCGUUUCUCAGACAUGGGCCCCUACUCGCUGGGCACUGGGCUCUAUACUUCCAGCGCCUGGCUGGUGGUUGAAGCUGGGAAGGAUAAAGACCUUCAGUCCACAAGUGCUGACCACCAACUGCAGAGGCAAAGAGCCCAGGCCUCAGGAGCAGAAGAGUCUGGGAGCAUCAACAGCCAGGGAGAGAAAUCCAGAGAGCAGAGCCCCAGGGAGGGCUCCCUUGAAGGGGCUGGGCUGGCUUCUGGGCUCCAGCACAUAGCCAGCCCAGACAGGGAUGGCCUUGGCAGACAUGGCUACUCCUUGAUGAGGGACAAAGGGGCAGCUGACUCAGCCUGGGGCCCUGGACAGAAGGGCGAGGGCUUUCUAGUAGCAGAGGGAAGCAGAGCCACUCUUCCCAGGGAAAAUCAAUCCCGUAGAGAGGGAGGCUGGGCCAGAAGCCUUGCAGAGAGGCCCCAUCUACAGGGAGAGAGCUCAGAAUCAGGGUUGGGCCUCCCAGAAAAACGACAGCAAGAUCGUGGCAGAGACAGCAAUGGUGAUGAAUGCUGGAGGACAGCAAGAGGCUGGGAAGCUGAGUCCAGUCUGCUUCAGUCUGGAGGACUGGGGAGCAGAAGGGAAGGAAAGGAGCACAGAGGGGACAGUGGAAGACAACUGGACAGGCACGCCCCAGAGCAACUGUGGGAUGCUCGACUGGGACCUGGGAGAGGAAAGAGCGACCUGCAGGGAUGCCAGUCUGAUCCUGUAGGGUCCUGGCCAAGAGGAAAGCAGAUAGAGAUUUCACAGGAUGACAGCCUGGCUGAGAUGGACAGAGGGGAUGCUCCAAGUAGGGAAAGGGGGAGAGGAAUAGAAGUGUGGGGUAGUGGGACUGGCCUGGGAGAAGCUGGAGACAGCAAUGGGGCAGGAGGUCCUGGCACCCUGGAGUUUACUGGAGGAAGAGGUUCUGGCUCCAAGGUAGGCAUGGACCCUGAAUCCUGGGGUUCUCAGGGAGGUAGAGAUACUGACUAUGGGGAAGCCAGGGGCUACUGGGGUUCAGGAGAGUUUCUAGGACAGACACCUGGAGGCAAGGACUUCCAGGAACCAUCAAUAUCAGGUGGUAGAAAAUUCCUUCUGGGAGAUGGGAGUCCUGAGAUCAAAGCUGAAGACUCACUGCAGGAGGCAGAUGGUCUAUGCCAGGGGGAGUCUGUAGUUGGAGGAAGUGCCUACAAAACUGGCCCUGGAGGCCCAGGAGACCCCAGAGGCUGCGAAGGUGGCCUACAGGAGCUCAGGGGAAGGGAUGGCCAGGAAACAGCUUGGGCCUCGGGUGAGGUACGGGAUGACUCCAGAAGCUUCCAGUCUUCCCAGGGCUGGACAGCAGGUCAAAGAGCAGCAGGGGGUGUUGGCGGAAUAGAAUCUAAGGGCACAAGUCCUUGGGAUGACACACCAUCUAGCCUCAGAAAAACUGGGGCCCACCAUGGGCCUGGAGUGCUGGGGUCCAGUGGAGGGCAAGAGGGUAUGGGUGGUAUCCGGGUGGCUGGACUGACGGAGUCUGGUCAGGGGGUGGAUGCCAGAAGCUGUGGGCUAACUAGGGCUCCAGGCCUGGGUGCUCAGGGAUCUGGGGGGACACUAGGAGAUAAGGAAGGAUUGAGAGGUCCUGGGUCAAUAGGGUCUGAACCAGAUUUCUGGAAUGGGUCAGGGAGUUCCAGAGUAAAAAGACCCAGAGGUGGGACAGGCUAUAAGGAUGGCUUGGAAGGUCCCGGGAAAAUGGAAUCUAGGUAUGAGGGUGGCCUAGGAUAUUCUAGGAGAAUAGGCCCUAAAAGCGGGGUUGGUUAUAGCUAUGGCUCAGGGGUUCCAGGAGAAAUGGGAUCCGGCCAUGGUGCUGGUUGUACAGUUUCCCCUAGGGCACCUGCAGAAAUGGAGUCUGAGGAAGGGGGUGCGUAUAGGCAUGGCUCUGGAGUGCCUGGGGGAGUGUGGUCUGGAAACGAAGAUUCUGGCCCUGCAGGAGGAGGGUCUGGGAGAGUUGCCAGUCUUAAGAAUGGCUCAGGUGGUCCUGAUGGAGCACCCACGGAUGACACCAGGAAUUGGGCCUCUGCAUGCCAGGGCGGCAUGGACCCUAGGGGAGGACACCAUUCAGAUGCCAGCUUAGGGAGUCCUGGGGUGACAGGGUCUGUGGGUAGAGGUGGUCUCAAGGCCCCUGGAGUAGUGGAGACUGCUGGGAUGGGAUGUGUGGAAGCAGAACCAGAGAGCUCUGGAAGAAUAAGGCCUUGGGGUCAGACUGGAAAUUAUGGGGGCUUCAGAGCCUUAGAGGCCCUGGGGGCCUUUGGAGAAGGAGGCUAUGAAGAUGGCUCUAGGGGUCCAGGAGCCAUGGGACCAGGGUCUCUGAGGGCAGGGAGCAAAGUGGGUGAGGGGGAUGGGACAAGAUGCCCUGGUGCUAGGGCCUCUGGAGCUGGAGCUGGUUAUAGGGAUGAUACCAGGCACCCUGAGUCACUCGCACCUCACACUGGGGCUGCUUCUGAGAGCCAGUGGGCUUAUGGGGCUGGCAAUGUGCUGGGUUAUGAGGAUGGAUCAGAACUUCCAGGGCCUCAGGGAACUGGGGUCAGAACAGCCUAUGGAGGAAGGUCAAGGGGCCUUGGGCCUAGGAGUACAGGGCCAGGGAGUGAGGCAGGCUUUAGAGAUGGUUCAGGAGGCCUCCAAGGAAUGGGAUCAGCAGAUGGGCCAGGUUGUAGGAAGGGUAUUGGGAGUUCUGGGGAAAUGGGGUCAGUGGAUAAGGAAGGUUAUAGGAAAGAUUUGGGGGCUCUUGAGAAUACGGGUUCGGGGAGCAAGGCAGAUUAUAUGGAUGGUGUAGGGGGUUCUGGGGCAAUGGGGUCAAUGGAUGAAGCAGGUUACAGGAAAGAUUUAGGGGCUCCUGAGGGAAUAAGUUCAGGGAGCAAGGCAGAUUAUAGGGGUGGUUUAAAGGGUUCCAGGGAAAUGGAGUCAAUGGAUGAAGCAGAUAAUAGGAAACAUUUGGGAGUUCCUGAGGGAAUGGGUGCAGGUUAUAGGGGUGGUUUAAGGGGUCCUGGGGAGAUGGGGUCAGUGGAUGAGUCAGGUCAUAGGAAUGGGAUUGGAGGUUAUGGGGAAAUGGGGUCAGGUUAUAGAGAGGAUUUGGGGGCUCCUGAGGGAAUGGGCACAGGGAGCAAGGCAGGUUACAGGGAUGGCUUAAGGGGUUCUGGAGAAAUGAGGUCAAUGGAUGAGGCAGGUUAUAGGAAAAAUUUGGGAGCUCCUGAGGGAAUGGAUUCAGGCAGCAAGGCAGGUUACAGGGGUGGUUUAAGGGGUUCUGGGGAAAUGGGGUUAAUUGAUGAGGCAGGCUGUAGGAAACAUUUGGGGGUUUCUGAGGGAGUGGGUUCAGGGAGCAAAGCAGGUUAUAGGGGUGGUUUAAGGGGUUCUGGAGAAAUGGGGUCAGUGGAUAAGGCAGGUUAUAGGAAGGAUUUGGGGACUCCUGAGGGAAUGGGUUCAGGGAGUAAGGCAGGUUUCAGGGAUGGUUUAGGGGGUUCUGAAGAAAUGGGGUCAGUGAAUAAGGCAGGUUAUAGGAAGAAUUUGGGGGCUCCUAAGGGAAUGGGUUCAGGGAGUAAGGCAAGUUUUAGGGAUGGUUUAGGGGGUUCUGGAGAAAUGGGGUCAGUGAAUGAAGCAGGUUAUAGGAAGGAUUUGGGGGCUCCUGAGGGAAUGGGUUCAGGGAGUAAGGCAGGUUUUAGGGAUGGUUUAGGGAGUUCUGGGGAAAUGGGGUCAAUGGAUGAGGCAGGUUAUAGGAAGGAUUUGGGGGCUCCUGAGGGAAUGGGUUCAGGGAGUAAGGCAGGUUUUAGGGAUGGUUUAGGGGGUUCUGGAGAAAUGAGGUCAGUGGAUGAGGCAGGUUGUAGGAAGGAUUUGGGGGCUCCUGAGGGAAUGGGUUCAGGGAGUAAGGCAGGUUUUAGGGAUGGUUUAGGGGGUUCUGGAGAUAUGGGGUCAGUGGAUGAGGCAGGUUAUAGGAAGGAUUUGGGGGCUCCUGAGGGAAUGGGUUCAGGGAGUAAGGCAGGUUUUAGGGAUGGUUUAGGGGGUUCUGGAGAAAUGGGGUCAGUGAAUAAGGCAGGUUAUAGGAAGGAUUUGGGGGCUCCUAAGGGAAUGGGUUCAGGGAGUAAGGCAGGUUUUAGGGAUGGUUUAGGGGGUGCUGGAGAAAUGGGGUCAGUGGAUGAGGCAGGUUGUAGGAAGGAUUUGGGGGCUCCUAAGGGAAUGGGUUCAGGGAGUAAGGCCGGUUUUAGGGAUGGUUUAGGGGGUUCUGGAGAAAUGGGGUCAGUGGAUGAAGCAGGUUACAGGAAGGAUUUGGGGGCUCCUGAGGGAAUGGGUUCAAGGAGUAAGGAAGGUUUUAGGGAUGGUUUAAGGGGUUCUGGAGAAAUAGGGUCAGUGGAUGAGGCAGGUUAUAGGAAGGAUCUGGGGGCUCCUGAGGGAAUGGGUUCAGCGAGUAAGGCAGGUUUCAGGGAUGGUUUAGGGGGUUCUGGGGAAAUGGGGUCAGUGAAUAAGGCAGUUUAUAGGAAGGAUUUGGGGGCUCUUAAGGGAAUGGGUUCAGGGAGUAAGGCAGGUUUUAGGGAUGGUUUAAGGGGUUCUGGAGAAAUGGGGUCAGUGAAUGAGGCAGGUUAUAGGAAGGAUUUGGGGGCUCCUGAGGGAAUGGGUUCAGGGAGUAAGGCAGGUUUUAGGGAUGGUUUAGGGAGUUCUGGGGAAAUGGGGUCAAUGGAUGAGGCAGGUUAUAGGAAGGAUUUGGGGGCUCCUGAGGGAAUGGGUUCAGGGAGUAAGGCAGGUUUUAGGGAUGGUUUAGGGGGUUCUGGAGAAAUGAGGUCAGUGGAUGAGGCAGGUUGUAGGAAGGAUUUGGGGGCUCCUGAGGGAAUGGGUUCAGGGAGUAAGGCAGGUUUUAGGGAUGGUUUAGGGGGUUCUGGAGAUAUGGGGUCAGUGGAUGAGGCAGGUUAUAGGAAGGAUCUGGGGGCUCCUGAGGGAAUGGGUUCAGGGAGUAAGGCAGGUUUUAGGGAUGGUUUAGGGGGUUCUGGAGAAAUGGGGUCAGUGAAUUAGGCAGGUUAUAGGAAGGAUUUGGGGGCUCCUCAGGGAAUGGGUUCAGGGAGUAAGGCAGGUUUUAGGGAUGGUUUAGGGGGUUCUGGAGAAAUGGGGUCAGUGGAUGAGGCAGGUUGUAGGAAGGAUUUGGGGGCUCCUAAGGGAAUGGGUUCAGGGAGUAAGGUUGGUUUUAGGGAUGGUUUAGGGGGUUCUGGAGAAAUGGGGUCAGUGGAUGAGGCAGGUUAUAGGAAGGAUUUGGGGGCUCCUGAGGGAAUGGGUUCAGGGAGUAAGGCAGGUUUCAGGGAUGGUUUAGGGGGUUCUGGAGAUAUGGGGUCAGUGGAUGAGGCAGGUUAUAGGAAGGAUCUGGGGGCUCCUGAGGGAAUGGGUUCAGGAGGAAUGGGUUCAGGGAGUAAGGCAGGUUUUAGGGAUGGUUUAGGGAGUUCUGGAGAAAUGGGGUCAGUGAAUGAGGCAGGUUAUAGGAAGGAUUUGGGGGCUCCUGAGGGAAUGGGUUCAGGGAGUAAGGAAGGUUUUAGGGAUGGUUUAAGGGGUUCUAGAGAAAUGGGGUCAGUGGAUGAGGCAGGUUAUAGGAAGGAUUUGGGGGCUCCUGAGGGAAUGGGUUCAGGGAGUAAGGCAGGUUUUAGGGAUGGUUUAGGGAGUUCUGGAGAAAUGGGGUCAGUGAAUGAGGCAGGUUAUAGGAAGGAUUUGGGGGCUCCUGAGGGAAUGGGUUCAGGGAGUAAGGCAGGUUUUAGGGAUGGCUUAGAGGGUUCUGGAGAAAUGGGGUCAGUGGAUGAGGCAGGUUAUAGGAAAGAUUUGGGGGCUCCUGAGGGAAUGGGUUCAGGGAAUAAGGCAGGUUUUAGGGAUGGUUUAGGGAUUUCUGGAGAAAUGGGGUCAGUGAAUGAGGCAGGUUAUAGGAAGGAUUUGGGGGCUCCUAAGGGAAUGGGUUCAGGGAGUAAGGCAGGUUUUAGGGAUGGUUUAGGGAGUUCUGGGGAAAUGGGGUCAAUGGAUGUGGCAGGUUAUAGGAAGGAUUUGGGAGCUCCUGAGGCAAUGGGUUCAGGGAGUUACACAGAUUACAGGAAUGGUUUAGGCGGUUCUGGAAAAAUCAGUUCAGGGGGUGAGGCAGGUUAUAAGAAUGUUUUAGGGGGUUCUGGGAGGAUUCCAUUAGGGAGCGAGGCAGGUUCUAGGGGUAGUUUGGGGGAUUCUGAGUACAUUUUGUCAUGGAAUGAGGCAGGUUCUAGGCAAGGCUUUGGGGAAACUAGUGGCAUGGGGUCAGGGAGUGAGGUCAGUUAUAGGGGAGGCUCAGGAGGAUCUGGGGAAAUGGGGCCAGAGGGUGAGAUGGGUUAUGGAGAUGGUUCAGGGAGGCUUGGAGUACCAGGCUCACCAGCUGGUAUAGGACAUGAGGCUGGACCCAGAGGCCAUAAAGCCACGGGGCACCGGUCAGGAUAUUGGGUAGCAUCAGAGGGUGGCACGAGCUCCAAGGAUGGUCCAGAGCGAGCCAGGGAUACAGGGCUUGUGGAUGGGGCAGGACCUGGGGUGGAACCUGGGAUGGCUAGAAUGUCAGGCACUCCAGGUGGCAUGGCACACAGAGACAGCCCCAGGGGCCCAGGGGUGCUGGGGUCUCAGGGAGGGCGACAGACUCUUUCAGAUGAGCGAGGCUCCACCAAAGAUCUUGGGGGCUAUGGAACUUCAGGGAUCCCUGAGGCCUCGGAGGCUGCUGGUGCCAAGGGAAAACCAGAUGUCAAAGAAUGGCAAGAUAGUUCUGGGACUCCAGGGUCUUCUAGAGACAGAGGGGCUCCCAGGGUGAAGGAUAGGUCUCCAGACCAAGCAGGGAUUAUGGGGGCUUCUGGGUUUCUUGAUGGCAAGGGGGCAGUGGAAGGUGAGACCUGGGCAGGAAUGGCUGCUCUAGGGUCUGGACAUGAACAGGACAUCUGGAAAGCAGGCCCAGGAAUGACAGACAGCGGUAGAGUUGCUGGCCAGGGGGCGUUGGCAUCUCAGGGAAGUGGGGACUCACUUUUGGGAAGCAGAAGGAUAGGCUCAGGGAGUUCAGCGGGGACAGGCCAGGAUCUGGACGGCAGCUCUAUGCCUGGGGGAAGGGGCAAGUCAACAUCAGGGCCUGCUGAUGGACAAGGGAUGAGCAAUGCUUGGGCUCCUGAUUGGGAAAACCAGGGGUUUAGCCGAGGCAGCAUAGGUGCUGGGAAGCAGCCCACAGGCUCCAGAGCUUCUGGUUCUCUGCAGGAGAAAGAUGCCGCUUUUAGUGGGACCCAUGAAGGACCACGGGGCUUUAAGGGCGGGGAGGGUGCACCAGGCAAAGAGGCAGCUGGUGGAUGCCGAAGCCCAUGGUCCCAGGAUAGCAAAGGUUCAAGUCCUGGAAGGGGCAGUUCUGGUGGUGCAGAGGACUCAGGUAUCCUGGGCAAGGGGAAUUCUACUGAGUGGGGGAAUGCUCUCACUCCAAAGCCUGGCGAGUUGGGACCUCAGGGAGCCUGGAAAGGCUUAGAUGGUCCCUUUGGCAGAAAAGCCUCUAGAGAUAGGUCAGGAGGGACCCAGGACCUAAGCUCUCAGCUAGGCAAGGGACAGAGAGGAGGAAAGAGGUCCUUCGGGGAGCAGGGGUCCCUGGAAGCUGAGAAUGGUGAGGUCCAGGGUCCUGGGGCCCUAAAGGAGGAUGAAGGGCAGGGAGUGGAAGAGGCUGGGAGGUCAGGCAGGAGGCCUGGCUCACUCAGGAGCAGGUCUCAGGCACAGUCAGGGGCUGAGGUUGGAGGAGGAAAGAGAAGGGGAGCAGAUGAGGCUGGAAGCAUGGAGUGGCAGCCUAUGGGGGAGAACUGGGGGUGCCUGGAGGAGAUGCUGAAUGAAGAUCAGAGCUGGGAGCCCCCUGGUCACCUUGGUAGCAGGAGAGGUGGCAAAGACAGCAGGUUGGACAUCUAUGGAGAGAGGGGAGAUGCUACCCGGAGUUCCACAUCCAGAUACAAGCCUGGCACUGGCAGUUUCUCCAAGGAUGCCCGAGGCCCCAUGGGCCACUUCUCCCAGGGCCUGGCUGACAUUGAGGUGCAUCAGGGGGAGGCUGCCACACUCUCCUGUACCCUCACCAGUGACCUGGGACCUGGCACCUGGUUUAAGGAUGGCGUCAAGCUCACCGCCCAGGAUGGAGUCAUCUUUAAGCAAGAUGGUCUCAUGCACAGCCUCUUCAUCACGCAUGUGCAGGGGACCCAAGCCGGGAGGUACACCUUUGUAGCCGGUGACCAGCAGAGCGAGGCCACCCUGACUGUCCAGGAUUCCCCUACUAUUGCUCCAGAUGUGACAGAGAAACUGAGAGAGCCACUGGUGGUCAAGGCUGGGAAGCCGGUGACAGUGAAGAUCCCCUUCCAGAGCCACCUCCCCAUUCAGGCUGCCUGGAGGAAGGAUGGGGCUGAGGUGGUGGGCAGUGGUGAUAGGGAGGCCCAGGUGGACCUGGGGGAUGGCUACACGCGGCUGUGCCUCCCCAGUGCAGGCAGGAAGGACUGUGGCCAGUACAGCGUGACACUGAGGAGCGAGGGAGGCUCUGUGCAGGCCAAGCUCACUCUGCAAGUCAUAGACAAGCCUGAUCCCCCACAAGGCCCCAUGGAGGUUCAGGAUUGCCAUAGGGCUGGCGUCCGCCUCCGCUGGCGGCCCCCAAGGGAUGAUGGGGGCCGGACUGUAGAGCGCUACGUGGUGGAGAGACGGCAGGCUGGCAGAAGCACUUGGCUGAAGGUGGGCGAGGCCCCCGCUGACAGCACCACCUUCACGGAUCCCCACGUGGAGCCAGGCAGGAAGUAUGCCUUCCGAGUGCGGGCUGUGACCUCAGAGGGGGCUGGCGAGGCCCUGGAGUCUGAGGAGACAUUGGUGGCUCCUGAGGCUCUCCCCAAGGCCCCUUCCGCGCCAGCCAUCCUGUCGGCCUCCAGCCAGGGCAUCACACUGACAUGGACAGCACCUCGGGGCCCUGGCAGCGCCCACAUCCUGGGCUACCUGAUCGAGAGGCGUAAGAAGGGGAGCAACACGUGGACAGCAGUGAACGACCAGCCGGUGCCUGAGAGGAAGUGGACGGUGGCGGAUGUGCGGCAGGGCUGUCAGUAUGAGUUCCGGGUCACAGCUGUGGCUCCCUCAGGCCCCGGAGAGCCUGGACCCCCAUCGGAUGCCGUCUUUGCUCGGGACCCCAUGAGACCCCCUGGGCUGGUGAGGAAUCUCCAAGUCACAGACACAUCGAACACCAGCAUCACUCUGAGCUGGGCUGGGCCAGACACCCAGGACGGGGAUGAAGCCCAGGGGUAUGUGGUGGAGCUGUGCAGCUCAGACAGUCUCCAGUGGCUCCCGUGCCAUGCAGGCACCGUGCCAGUCACCACCUACACGGCCAAGGGGCUUCGGCCUGGAGAGGGCUACUUCGUGCGGGUGACAGCAGUUAAUGAAGGAGGCCAGAGCCAGCCCACUGCCCUGGACACAUUAGUGCAAGCCAUGCCUGUUACUGUCUGUCCCAAGUUCCUCGUGGACUCCAGCACCAAGGACUUGCUGAUGGUCAAGGUCGGGGACACUGUUCGUGUGCCCGUCUCCUUUGAAGCCAUGCCCAUGCCUGAGGUGACCUGGCUGAAGGAUGGCUUGCCCUUGCCCAAAAGAAGUGUGACCAUUACUAAGGAUGGCCUCACCCAGCUUCUGAUCCCUGUGGCUGGACUCUCAGACAGUGGUCUCUACACUGUGGUGCUGAGGACCCUGCAGGGGAAGGAGGUUGCCCACAGCUUCCGUAUCAGGGUGGCAGCAUGUCCGCAGGCGCCUGGGCCCAUCCACCUUCAGGAGAACGUGCCUGGGACGGUGACCGCCGAGUGGGAACCCUCUCCUGACGAGGCCCGGGAUGUCCCGCUGCACUACGCGGUGUUCACACGCUCCUCAGCGCACGGCCCCUGGCGCGAGGCAGCCGACCGCAUCCACACCAACCACUUCACCCUCCUGGGCAUCCUCCCUGGCCACGAGUACCACUUCAGGGUGGUGGCCAAGAAUGAGCUGGGGGCCAGCAAACCCUCGGACACCAGCCAGCCCUGGUGCAUCCCCCGGCAGCGCAACAGGUUCACAGUGAAGUCUCCGAGCUACAGGGAGCCCGACCUGAGCCAGAAGCCCCGGUUCCUGGUGGGCCUGCGGUCCCACCUGCUGCCCCAGGGCUGCGAGUGCUGCAUGAGCUGUGCCGUGCAGGGCUCGCCCCGGCCCCACGUCACCUGGUUCAAGAACGACCGGAGCCUGGAAGGAAACCCUGCGGUGUACAGCACCGACCUGCUGGGCGUGUGCUCCCUCACCAUCCCCAGCGUAUCCCCGAAGGACAGCGGGGAGUACAAGGCUGUGGCUGAGAACACGCUGGGCCAGGCAGUCAGCACUGCCACCCUCAUUGUCAUAGAACCCAGCCCCUAGCUUCACCUCACCCUGGGAUGGUCCUGGACCCUUGAAGCUUCACUUCCGACACCUGCACUGGCCCAGGAAGCCAAUCCCAAGGAUGGAGGCUGUGCCCAGAGCCCCAGGAAAAUGGGAGUGAGAAGAUGCCUGGCAAGGUUUUGGCCAGGAAGACAUGAAGUCCUUGCGGAAGAAAAACAAGGGAGGAGGGCAUUCCACCGCCUGGCUCCAAGCUAAGUCGCUCAACGGAAUGACAGCGAACCUCCUGGACCCUCACCUUAUUGGUUUCUUUCUUCUUCGCUUUAGGAGAUCCAGAGGGCACUUGCCUGCAGGAUGGGCCGGCUCCUUAUUUUCCUGGGCUGAGCCCUUUGGAGGGAGGGUGGGCACAGCUGGGCCUGCUGUGACCACUGGGAGGGAAGAGAAGAGGAGGUCAGAGGACCUGGGUGAGGACUAGGGCAUCGAGGGCAUGUGUGUGGGUGGGGGCAGCCUCCACUUCCUGGAUUCAAGAGAUUCCAGGGGUGCAGUAUGUGCUUUCUGUACGUUUUCUUCAUUAAAACAUUAGGCUAAUACGGGCA